UCCAGUCCCACAGAAAUGUUUAGUCGCAAUGGCAACCUGUAAGGGAUACCUCACGCACCACCCGUAUAUAGCCUGGGUGUUGGCGCCAAUGCUACAAGCUUUCCGUAGGGUUGUCUUGUUCAAACUGUCGUUCAUUCUAGUUGUUACGUUACUCCGAGUGUGUAUAUUAUUCAUCCAAAAACUUUUUCUCGAAACAAAAUAGUCAACAUGAAAUCUGUCACGACCCUCAGUGUUAUCGCCCUCCUCGAGGCCGCCAGUGUCAGUGCAACGACAUACGGUUUCGGACCUUACUUCUCUCUCGGACCUACGAGCUCAUGGAUUCGGGAAGCCAACACGACUCUGGUACUGCCUAAGGUGCCAAGCCCAUUCGCCGACCGACUGGCUCUGUGGCCAGGCAUGGGAACGAGCGAUGGUGAUCUGAUUCAGGCUAUCGCUGUCGCAACGAAGAGCCCAGCUACUGAGUGUGGAGGUAGCACCGGGCAGUGGUGUGUGUUUGCGAGCACCCUAGAGACCGAGCAGGAGUCCGGUACUGAGUUGCCCGUCAACGCUGGCACCUCUCUUGUUCUUCACUACAAAUACAACGAUUCCACCCAGAAGUAUGACCAGACCGUUACCAUCAACGGCAGUGUGGUGUCAACUUUAUCUACUACUUCUGGAGAGGCCGCCGGCUUCGGUACAGCGGUCGAAUGUCAGGACGACGCGUGCAAGACCACCGCCUAUUCUCACCAGUACCUCGACACAACCGUCGUACUUGACUCCGCCGACUCGUCGUUCGGCAACACCCUGGCGCUUAACGAAGCCACUACCUCCGGGCUCUCGACGACCGAUGGAGGCAAGACAUGGGUUGUAGACACCAUCAACAUCCAGGAGCAUACUUUCAGCGUUUGAUAAAUUAGUCUAUUUAGAGAGAAAGAGAGUCCGAUUUAUGCUGUCAUGGAACACCGUAUAGCCAAAAAGUGUACAUCGACCAGGCCAUCUAAAAUACGCCAACCCCUCAGUGUGUCACAGCCGAGGGAAGCGUCACCCAAGAAGUGAAUAC